UGCACGCUGGCGCUUAAAUAAUCAACAGGGUGCUGAUGAGAUGAAAAUCAGUGAGUUAGAGCGCUCUAUUGAGGCUGCAGCAGCGGCUACACAGGAAUCGGUGAAUCGAAAAACUCUUGAGACCAGGUCUAUUUCUGACGAUGAACGAAUGGCUCAGCUGGAAGAGCAGGUAAAGGAGGCAAAGUACAUUGCAGAGGAUGCCGAACGAAAGUAUGAUGAAGCUGCCCGCCGCUUGGCGGUGACAGAGGUCGAUUUGGAGCGAGCAGAGGCCCGCCUAGAAACGUCGGAGAGGUGUGCAAAAACCCUAGAGGAUCAGUUGUCCACCAUCGCUGCGAAAUUGAAAGCCAAAGAAAUUGCACGUGAUAAGGAAGAACUGCGCAUUGUUGGUAACAACAUGAAAUCUCUCGAAGUCUCCGAGCAAGAGGUAACAGUUGAACCAGUGGCUGGUGCCGUCGAAUUGGAAGAGAUGUAUUUGAAGCGUCUUAAUGUCUUACGGGACCAAGUGAGGGAAGCCGAGUGCAGAGCAGAGGACGCAGAGGCCGUGUCCAAACGGUAUGAACAGGAAGUACAGCGUGUCAAAGAUACGCUUUUCUCGGAGAACAAGACCUUUACUCUUCUCCGCAAAGAAAUUGAUUCUGCACUGGACGAGUACCACUCAAUUUAG